UCUGAUCAAAAUUUUAUUUAACAAAAUGUCGUAUUGGAAGAAAAAACGAAGCAGUUGUGAGAGAGAGAGCCAAAAUUUUAUUUAAAAUAUUUUAGUAUUGGAUUGGCCUUUGCUUACCUUUGAUUAAUCUUUUACAAUUAAUGAGUAUAAUAUAUAGUGACGAUAUCAUCAAAUUACCUUUCUGUUUUCCCUACUAGUAUCCCGUAGAAUAAUCAAUUAUCGGAAAUUUAAAUAUUUUAGACGACGCAUUUUCAGGCAAGACAAGAUAACAUUAAAGUUUUGUAUCAAAAAAAUCAAAUACACUUGCCGUAGUUAAACCAGAACAACCUUAUAUUUAUUACCUAUAAAACAUUCUAUAGAAUUUCUUCGUUAGACACCAACCAAACAAGCAAGGAUGAUGCCGCAAGCUUUUCCUCCAAUGGAUUUCUCUGUGGAUGUGGUUAGCGAAAACACGAAUACACAAUUCUUCCCUUUUAAAUCCAAUUAAAUUACAUUGUCAGAAAAUUAGUUUUUCUUUAAUUUCAGAGCUUAGAGAUGGAGGUGACUAAAAACUGCGAGCUUUGUGAACAAAAAGUCACGGGAAUUAUGCAAUCUAUCAUCGCGGUUUACUCUGUGAGUUUUGGCGAUAUAAUGAAGCUGGAGGCUAGAGCUAACCCUAAUUUGUUUAUGGCGGUUAUUAUAAAGUAUCGCGAUCACGCUAAGGUCAACAGGCUCCACUUUGAAGGCGCACCUGUCACUCCUCAACCUGGAGAAGGAGGAGGAGGCUAUUACAACGCCCCUCAUGUUAAUUAUCCAUACCCUUAUUCUCCUUAUGCUCCUCCACAGCAGCAGUUUCUCGCGGGAAACUAUGGUUAUCCGAUGUUGAAGCAGCCGCCACCGCCGCAGAAGGAGAAGGAGGCUCCAGAGGGGGUGCAUAAGCAGCAGCAUACUGUGCCUCCUCCUUAUGCUAUGCAGCCGCCACCGCCAAUGCCGUUGUCUAGUUACUCUUACAUUGAACCUCCGUAUUGGCCGGCGGCUCCGCCGAGUGGUGGUAAGUGUGUGAUUAUGUGAUGUGUGACGAAGAAUGGAGGCUUCUUGUUUUGUCUCUCACAAGCUGCCCCUUUUUGGUUUAUAUUCGUGAUCGCUGUUUUUUGAAAAUGCAGUUGCGUUUAUAAUAAACAAAGUGGAUUCUGACUUUUUUUUUUCUUUUGUCUGAACAACAGUUAUAAUCUGUUUGAAACAGAAUGAA